AUGUAUACGCGCCGCCUCGUGGUGGUUCUCUUCGCUCUUUUCUUCAUCGAUGCGAUACAUCUGAUAUCCCAGCGACCCGACACCUACCGAACACCGCUGGACCAGAAGGCGGCACCUGCUUCGAAAAGGCCAACCGUCUUCAUAGCUUCUGUACACCGAAACACCGAAGAGAUACAACGAACAGCGUGGAAUGACGCGGUUCUGUCGCUGGUGGACUACCUCGGCCCGGAAAAUGUGCACAUCUCGGCAGUGGAAUCGGGAUCGCAGGAGGGGACAAAAGAUGCGCUAAUGGAACUGAAAGCUGGGCUCUAUGCUAGGGGGGUUACGAACGAUAUAAGUCUCGGUAUGACUGUAUGGGAACAACUCGACGAAAUCGAUGCGCGACCGCCGCCCGGCAGUCGAGAGCCGGGGUGGAUCUGGAACGCGCCGGAGAACCAAUUCGAGUUGCGCCGCAUACCAUACCUUGCCAAGGUUCGAAAUGAGGCCAUGGAGCCCUUGGACCGACUGGCAAGAGAGGGCAGGCACUUUGACAAGGUUCUAUGGCUGAACGAUGUUGUAUUUGAUACCGUGGACAUUGUUACUCUUUUGGAAACCCGCAAUGGCGAAUACGCCGCCGUUUGCUCCAUGGACUUCAAGUCCUCGCCGUUGUACUACGAUACAUUUGCGCUCAGGGAUGAUUUGGGACUAAAGACAGCUUCUUUGUACUGGCCAUGGUUCCAGUCGCCAACCUCGAGAGCAUCGGCUCUGCGGAACGAUCCAAUUCGCGUCACUUCAUGCUGGAAUGGUAUAGUGGCCUUCGACGCCACGCCGUUCUACGCGAGUCCGGCUCUGAAAUUCCGAGGCAUCGACGAUAGUCUAGCAGACAUGCAUCUGGAAGGCUCAGAAUGCUGUCUGAUCCACGCUGACAAUUCUCUAACAGCAGAAAAGGGGGUUUGGCUGAACCCUAACGUCCGCGUAGGUUAUAACGUUAAGGCAUACCGCCACAUUAGAAGGAACCAGUUCCCCGGUCCACUCUGGGCUGUGGUAGGGGGGUGGGCUAACCGACUUGCGAGCUGGCGAAUGGGACUUCAAACGUCGUUGGAAAUGCGCACUGUCCGCCAGAGGUUAGAACAAUGGGUCGCAGAGACACCAGAUGGAGAGCUGCCUCGAAGUGAGCCCGGGGAGGCCUGUCUUAUUAACGAGAUGCAGAUCAUGUGGUCAAAUGGUUGGAAGCACCUGUAA